AUGGCGUAUCGGCCUGGUCGCGGAUUGGAUAAGGAGGCGGUGAAGCGUCUGCGUGAGCGCCGCGAGGCUGAUGCCCUGGGCUUGCCUUCCGAAGACCUUUCUGAGCAGGCAAACCUGUUGCUGGGCAAUGGUGCAAGAAAGGUGGCGAGAUGCGGCGAGUGUUCGCGACCGCUGGAGACGGAAGUGAUUGCUUCUGGCCGGCAGCGCUGCGUGCGCUGUGCGGGGCCUGUAGCGCCGACGAAGCUGGAAGCAGCAGGAGGAAGCCCUUCGGAAGGCUCCGAAAGCUCUGAGAGUGCCUCGUCGGAGGAAGACUCAGACACUGCGGUGCCCACGAAGAAGGCUCUACUUCUGCCGAGGAAGGAGGAUCCGGCAGAACCGAAGACAGCUCCCAAGAAGCCGGAGCUGAAGAAGCGAAAGUCCUUCGAGGAGAAGGAGGCUGAAGCCGCGGACAGGUUCAAGGCCAAGCUCGCGAAGUUCCAGCAGGACCAGGCAAGGCGGAGCGAGGGCAAAGGCGAGUGGACCGAGGCUUCGACACCCGGUGCAGCCCUGUGUUAG